AUGCCUUCGAUUAGUCCUGAAGUUGAAGCUGAUAAAGAAGGAGUGAUGGAUAACAAAAGUGGAAUGAGAAAACAAAAGAUUUUGUCAGUGGUUCUUGGAGUGCUGUUGUCGGCAACUCUUAUUACGUUGAUAGCGAUUCUUGUCAUACAUCUGAAAGUCGAUCCAUGUGAAAAACAUGAUUGUCAGAUGGGUAGCUGUGUGAUUGAGGCGUCCAUUGCAAGAGGGUACAUGUGCAGUUGUUCCAAUGGUUUUACAGGGGAAGAUUGCGAUGGUCUGAUCCACAAGAAUUGCUAUGAAAAACUGAAAAAUAAUCCCAGUCUGGAAGGGAAAAAUGGUGUCUAUGAUAUUUUCGUCGACUCUAAAAUAACUUCAGUUUAUUGUGACAUGACUACAGACGGGGGCGGUUGGACGGUUUUACAGAAAAGAAUAGACGGAUCAACUUAUUUCUAUCGAACCUGGGAAGAUUACAAAAAAGGUUUCGGGGAUCCACACAGUAACUACUGGAUUGGGAAUGACGCAAUCCAUGCAUUAACUAAAGAUCAGGACCAGGAACUGCGAGUAGAUCUCCAGAGAUUUAAUGGGGACACAGCGUAUGCUAAAUAUUCCACGUUUUAUAUCGGAAACGAGGAUGAAAAAUACCAACUCACAGUAUCCGAGUACAGAGGAACUGCAGGUUAA